CCAACCUGCACAUUUGUCCUGCUAAGAGUAAAGAGAGCACGGCAUCCCCAUCGAUCAUGCUACCGGCUUUCUUCUCGCUCAUCCUGAUUGCUGUUCAUGUGUCUGUACCGGUGGAUUGUACACCGAGGCUCCGGGACCCAGAGCACCGUUUACAACGUCAGCAGAGCAGCUUCAAGACAGGAGCACAUGUGGAUACAUCAGCUGGUACAAGUCGGUUCUACUUGGAACUGAGUGGAUCAAUGAAAAAAGGCAUAAACAGAAACUUUCUGGUUAUUUUGCCAGUAAGAACAGCUACAAGCAACUUUGUGUUAAUAUUUGAUCUGAGAAAAAAAUGGUUCCUCUGUAUGGACUCAAAGGGAGAGCUGUACAACUCUAGGCAAAAGGACACAGAAGAUUGUCUCUUCCAGCGCCUUUGGUUAGAUGUGGCGAACCACCAUGAUGUGUUAUACUCUGGAAGUGGGGGCUGGCUGCUCAAACUGAUUGGAGCUGAGCUGCCAGUUGCUCACCACCAGGAGCCACCUGAACCCUCCUCAGCCCUGGUGGAGAGGUUCCUGGGUCCCUUGGUAAAGAGACAGAGGAGGAGUGAGGAGGUGAACCCCUCUGAUCCAUUAAGAUCACAGACACAUCCCUCUCAUUCUGCCAUGGAUCACAAGGAUGCAGAUCACCGGCAGCCCGAUCGGGACCAGGCCGGCGCCGUGUCCAAGGAGACCAUCACCUCGUGUGAUGACCCCCUGCGGGUCUUACAGCCCAACGGGCCUGUUAGUCCUGUCAAGACUAAUAUUGCAGACCGAGCAGAACAAGACUAAGAUACUGAACUUGAGUUUAAUAAGUAAAAAGUCAGAAGGGGCCGCAAUUAUUUUUGUUUGUCUGAAAAGUCACUUUAUUUGUGACUGCAUGCAUAGUGGGAGUAGAUGCUUCCCCUGGACUGCAGAAUCAGUGGGAGUCACAGAAUGACUUGCAAAGGGCUGGUACAAUCAAACUGACACUGGAGGGUGGUUUGUAAACAGGAAAGCAUUAUAUAUUUUACAACUUCUGAAAAAAAGAGAUAGCAUUUAAUAAAAUCAUUGAAUUUUCAAAAUUUGUUUUUAUGGUACUCUUACGCUUGGUAAUGUACCACAUUACAUCACAGCAGCUUGUUCAGAUCUUUUGUUUGAAUAGCAGAUGAUGGAUAAGUUUGGCAACAUGCAGCAAGUUUGGUCCAGUGUCCUGCUGACCUCUGCCGUCAGUUAAAAUUUAAACCUCGGGUCAGAUGUGGCAAUGUUUGUUUUGCAUAUGUGAAAAUGUGUAAUCUGUAAGUAAUUAUGAAUAUUUAUACAUACAUUUGUUUAUAAAGUAAAGCUUCAUACAAGGAGUGUACAAACUAGUCAAAAAUAGACCAGCGCAUACUGAAAAAUAAGAAUCAUCUGCUAUUUCUGAACAUAUAAGAAAUGAACAGAAUCAAAUUAAGUCAGGUGCCGGACACCAAUAGUCACAGCGAAGAAAAUGUAUUUAUUUAUUGAAAUGUGUUAAAUGACUUCCUUCUUAGCUUAUACUGUUUUAUUAUUUAUACAUUUCAUGUUGUGUUAUUUCUUAUGUGAAAAAAUAAAUGGUAA